CCAAUCAGCGGUCGCGUUGCCCCUCUCUUCCUCUCCUUCUCUACUCUCCCGCCUCAGAGCCAUUCCCGCCCCCAUUCUCCUGGGACCCCAUUACGACCCCCCCACGCGUCCCCAUUGGCGACCCACCGUGCGCCCCCCUCCCCAACUUCUCCUGCUUCUGCCCGCAGCUUGCGGGACGGGCGCGAGCGCCUCCAACGCCGAGGACCUUGCGCGGUGACGUCACGGGUCGAGGCGCGGCGCCCCGGGGCCGCGGGGGAGGUGUGGCCUACGGGCGGCUAUAAAAGGGCGGCGGUGCGCGCGCGACCGGCUCAGUGCGGCUGGGCGCUUGGGGCAGGAGGGGUUUUGGGUGCGCUCCGCGGCGGGCGUCGGAGCCAGCGGGGAGUGGAGCGGGGCCGCUGGGGCCUCCCCAGGGCCGCAGCGGCAGCAGUUGGGCCCCCCGCCCCAGCCGGCGGCCGGCAGAGCGCAGGAAGGGGGCCGGGGGGGACCCGCCCCCGGCCGGCCACAGUCAUGAACUCCAAUGUGGAGAACCUGCCCCCCCACAUCAUUCGCCUGGUGUAUAAGGAGGUGACCACGCUGACUGCCGACCCACCUGAUGGCAUCAAGGUCUUCCCCAACGAGGAGGACCUCACUGACCUGCAGGUCACCAUCGAGGGCCCUGAGGGGACCCCUUAUGCCGGAGGCCUGUUCCGCAUGAAGCUCCUGCUGGGGAAGGACUUUCCCGCCUCCCCGCCCAAGGGCUACUUCCUGACCAAGAUUUUCCACCCCAACGUGGGCGCCAACGGUGAGAUCUGCGUCAACGUGCUCAAGAGGGACUGGACGGCGGAGCUGGGUAUCCGGCAUGUGCUGCUGACCAUCAAGUGCCUGCUGAUCCACCCGAACCCCGAGUCUGCCCUCAACGAGGAGGCCGGCCGCCUGCUCCUGGAGAACUAUGAAGAGUACGCCGCCCGGGCCCGCCUGCUCACGGAGAUCCACGGGGGCGCCGGCGGGCCCAGCAGCGCCGAGGCCGGCCGCGGCCCCCCCACCGGCCCCCUGGCCCCCGGGGCCCCGGGAGGAGCCGACGGCCCCAUGGCCAAGAAGCACGCCGGCGAGCGGGACAAGAAGCUGGCUGCGAAGAAAAAGACAGACAAGAAGCGGGCGCUGCGGCGGCUGUAGUGGGCUCUUCUCCCAGCCCUCCCCCCCCCCCCCGACCCCCAACUCUGUCUCUAAGUUAUUUAAAUUAUGGCUGGGGUGGGGGAGGGCAUGGGGGCACCGGGACCUGGAUUUGUUUUUCUAAAUAAAGUUGGAAAAGCAGCUGCUGUGCCUCAGA